ACCCGAGUCACCCACUGCCCGGCCAGGACAGAGUGGCCCGGCUCCCGCACUUGCACUUCCCGGGCGGGGAGGCCUGGACUCCUCAGACGGCAGGCGCGGGCCAUGGCCUGCCGAGCGGUGGAGCGGGGACCUGAACCCCCGGCCUUCCAGCACCACCCGGAAGCCAGCGCACCGCGCCUGGCCCAGGGAUACCGGCUGCGCAGCACGAGCGAGCUGCGGGACCUGGAGUUCAGCCGCCUAGCAGGAACUGUCUACCUUGACCAUGCAGGAGCCACCUUGUUUCCCCAGCGCCAGCUCACCAACUUCACUAAGGACCUCAUGGAAAACGUCUAUGGUAAUCCUCACAGCCAGAACAUCACCAGCAAGCUCACCCACGACACUGUGGAGCAGGUCCGCUACAGGAUCCUGACUCACUUUCACACCACCCCAGAGGACUACAUCAUGAUCUUCACAUCUGGGAGCACAGCUGCUCUCAGACUAGUGGCAGAGGCGUUUCCGUGGGUGUCCCGGGCCCCAGAGAACGGCGGGAGUCACUUCUGUUACCUCACUGACAACCACACCUCUGUGGUGGGAAUGAGGAAGGUGGCUGCAGCCAUGAAUGUCACAUCCAUCCCAGUCAAGCCAGAGGACAUGUGGUCAGCGGAGGACAGGGGUGCGGGAGCCUGUGACCCUGACUGUCAGCUUCCACACCUCUUCUGUUACCCAGCUCAGAGUAACUUUUCAGGCACCAGAUACCCACUGUCGUGGAUAGAAGAGGUCAAGUCUGGGCGGAGGAGCCCUGUGAAUGUGCCUGGGAGGUGGUUCGUCCUGCUGGAUGCAGCCUCCUACGUCAGCACCUCCCCCUUGGACCUGUCCGCUCACCAGCCUGACUUUGUCCCCAUCUCCUUCUAUAAGAUCUUUGGGCUUCCCACAGGCCUGGGUGCCCUGCUGGUCAGUAAGCAUGUGGCUCCUCUGCUGAGGAAAGGCUACUUCGGAGGAGGAACUGCAGCUGCCUACCUUGCAGGAGACGACUUUUACAUCCCGAGGCCGUCGGUGGCAGAAAGGUUUGAAGAUGGCACCAUUUCAUUCCUUGAUGUAAUCGCAUUGAAACAUGGAUUUGAUGCUCUGGAGCACCUCACAGGUGGCAUGGAGAACAUACGACGACACACCUUUGCUUUGGCACAGUACACCCACUCUGCCCUGUCUUCCCUCUCCUACCCCAACGGAGCCCCUGUGGUACGGAUUUACAGUGAUUCUGAGUUCAGCAGCCCUGAUGUCCAGGGUCCAAUCAUCAAUUUUAAUGUGCUGGAUGAUAGUGGGAACAUCAUUGGCUACUCCCAGGUAGACAAAAUGGCCAGUCUGUAUAACAUCUACCUGAGGACUGGCUGCUUCUGUAACUUGGGGGCCUGCCAGCGGCACCUGGGGCUAAGUGACGAGAUGGUUAAGAAACAUUUUCAGGCUGGUCAUGUCUGUGGAGAUGAUGUCGACAUCAUCGACGGACGGCCCACGGGCUCUGUGAGGGUUUCCUUUGGAUACAUGUCUACGCUAGAAGAUGCCCAGGCCUUUCUCAGGUUCAUCAGCGCAAUCUACCUUCGCUCACCCGCUGAUCAGCCUGAUCUUCAAGCCGGCACCAGUGAUGCUGGAGCCUUAUCCUCAGAGAGUGACUGCCACUCACCUCAGGAAGGUGCCCGUGCAGACCCUGCAGAUCGCAGUGACGCCUGUCCUGAUGCAGAUACCGUGGACUUGUACCUGUCUCCGAGCGAAGCCAGCGGCAGCCGGCAGGCCCUUCCAGAGAAAGCGGCCGGUAUCCUGAACGGGGACCUUGGGCCCCACAUUGUCACCAACAUUUACCUCUACCCCAUCAAAUCCUGUGCUGCAUUUGAGGUGACCAAGUGGCCUGUAGGGAGCAAAGGGCUGCUGUAUGACCGGAGCUGGAUGAUUGUGAAUCACAAUGGCGUUUGCCUGAGUCAGAAGCAGGAGCCUCGGCUCUGUCUGAUCCAGCCCUUCAUCGACCUGCAGCAGAGGAUCAUGGUCAUCAAAGCCAAAGGGAUGGAUCCCAUAGAGGUGCCUCUUGAGGAAAACAGUGAACGGGCUCAGAUUCACCAGAGCAGAGUGUGUGCAGACAGGGUAAAUACUUAUGACUGUGGAGAAAACGUUUCAAGAUGGCUGUCACAGUUUUUUGGCCGUCCAUGUCAUCUAAUCAAGCAAAGUCCUAACUUCCAGCGGAAUGCAAGGAAGACACCUGGAAAAGGGCAGCCUCCUGGCACUGCCGCCACCCUGUCCCUGGUGAAUGAGGCGCAGUAUCUGCUGGUGAACACAUCGAGUGUCCUGGAGCUUCAGCAGCGGCUAAAUGCUAGUGACGAGCAUGGGAAAGAGGAGUCAUUCUCGGUGAAAGAUCUCGUCUCCCGCUUCCGUGCCAAUAUCAUUACCAAGGGAGCGAGGCCUUUUGAGGAAGAGGAGUGGGACGAGGUUUCCGUUGGCUCCUUGCAUUUCCAGGUCGUGGGGCCUUGCCACAGGUGUCAGAUGAUCUGUAUCGACCAGCAAACUGGGCAGCGGAACCAAGAUGUUUUCCAGAAGCUUUCUGAGAGCCGGGGGAGAAAGGUGAACUUUGGUGUGUACCUGAUGCACGAGUCCUUGGAUUUAUCCUCUCCACGUUUCCUGUCCGUGGGAUCUGAGGUGCUUCCGGUGUUGAAAGAUGUGGAGUGUCCUGAUUCACCUGCUUCCCAGAAACACCUGAGCGUUAUCUCCUUCUUCCCCAGAGAGCAUUAAAGUUUCUCUUUACAACA